AUGCAGUGCGCGAGCAAGGCCUCCGAGAGCGCGUCCGCACGUCUCUGUGCGGACGCCGAAGCAGAAACCACAGCAACUGAUGUCUCAUCGGUUGCUGAAGCGACCCAGCCUGUGUCACUUGGUGAUGCAGGCGCUGGUCAUGAAGACACUCAUGUCGUCACAGAGUACGAGCUCGGUGUCUCGUACUCCCCUGAUACGGAAGACGGAUCCGUAUCGACGGCGAUUGAAUCCAAGCCGCCUGCCAAGCGUGGCAUAGACGAUGCUUUGCGUCGUAGCAUCUUUGGUUCAUCUGAUGAAUCAGAUGAACCAUCGCCGAAGCGUAGGCGCUCGAGGUCGCGAGACUCGGGCGCUCACAGUGGUGUCGGUUCUCCUAUGGACACCACUUCGCAACGAGGUGCCAGUACUUCUGUCGGCACAUCGCAGGAAGAGCGGGAUCGCAAUGUCUUGCGUCUCGCUCCUGAGAAGAAGGCAUGUAUGCCUCCGAAAUUUGUCAUGGAUCACUUGUCGGCGACGACGAGUGAUCGUUAUCGAACACGGUUGUUCGAUUCGUCAAGGAUCCAUCACCUUGACCCCAGUGCGAAAAACUAUCGCGCUGAAAACGAAUUCUUCAUCGAUGCUUUCUUUAGACAUCGAUGGUACAGUGGGAAUCACAAGCGUGAUGGUCCCUCACUGCUUCAGGCGUGGAACGCCUACAUCCGUAACCUUGAGGAUGUAGGUCGUGACGCUUGGAACGACAAACUUAUCAAAGCUCGUGAUAAGUUUGAAAAGCGAACCCCGACAGGUGCACGCUACAAGCUGCAUCGUCUGUCAAGGGAGAAAGGAUUACCCUGCCCUCUCUUGGGGAGACUCGUGCCCGUGUUGUGUGAACACCUCUGCACGAGCACCUAA